AUGACCCAUUAUUGCACGGACACGGCAGGACAGGAGCGAUUCCGAACGAUCACAACGGCGUAUUACAGAGGUGCAAUGGGUAUCAUGCUGGUUUAUGAUAUUACCAAUGAGAAAUCAUUUGACAACAUCAAAAACUGGAUCCGAAACAUAGAGGAGCAUGCAUCAGCGGAUGUAGAAAAAAUGAUUUUGGGGAACAAAUGUGACAUUAAUGAGAAGAGGCAGGUGUCAAAAGACAGAGGCGAGAAGCUGGCGUUAGAGUACAGCAUCAAGUUCAUGGAGACGAGUGCGAAGGCUAAUAUCAACGUUGAGAACGCAUUCUUAACGCUCGCCAGAGACAUAAAAGCAAAGAUGGACACAAAAUUGGAGGGCAACAAUCCUCAGAGCAGCAACCAUGGAGUGAAAAUUACCACUGAACAGCAGAAAAAGAGCAGUUUCUUCCGCUGUGUGCUACUGUGAAGACCAAGGCCUUACUGUCGGCCCGUGGGCUGGACACGAAUGGACUAUGCUCUCCCUCUUAGCACUCCUCCUCCUUCCUCUUUUAUCCCAUCUCUCCUUCUCUUGUCACACUCUUCUUCCAGCCCUAGGGCAGUCGGAGUUCCUGGCUCUUCUUAUCUUCUUCCAUUGACAGAUUAGCAAUGCCGCUUACGACCCUUCCCUGAUGAAACCGUGGUGGGAAUGCAUUGGUUCUGCAAGUCAAGGUGAAGAGCUGGGUGCUGCAGCAUCGUUGCAGUAGUUCCAGCAGUAAACGCGCACCUAAAGGAGAUCCCGUAUCUUUGUUUCAAUUGCUCGUUUUGAGCACACAACUGCCAAAAUGUAUCCAUUCCUUCAUGGCGACCUGGAAGCAGUCGUGAUCUGAUAUUGAGCCAGCUUGAGAGUUACGUGGGACUUUCUUUAUCAUUCCAUUCUAUUUUCAGCCCUCAUGCAUUCUUCGACAUUCACAUGACCUUAUUGUAAGUAGAGGAAUAUUAUAACCCACCUCUUAGAUGCUCUUUCAUUUUUUAAAAAGCAAACAUUUCUCUGUUUUUGUCCCCAGUUUUUAUUUUUCAGACCUGUUACACAAAAGUGUUGCAUUCACAAACUUAGUGCAGUCAAGGUUUCAUAUUAAACAAAUGAAGAUCCUGCUUUUUAUUCAUUAAGACAUGUUUACUACUGCCUUGUUAAAACUACCCUCCCGUUUU